AUGGCUGAGGAAAUGCAUACACACCCACUCAGGACAUCCAAGUCGGACUACGGAUCGACAACUUCUCUGCUGUCGAGGUCGUCAUCAGUCUGUAUGACACCGCGGUCGAGGAGAAGGAGCUGGUUUCGCUGGACCAAUAUCAUGUCCAUCGUUCUCCACAUUGGACUCGUCGUCGCUCACGUCGUUCUCCUUGCUCUGGCACGGCGGCACGUCGAGCGGCGCAUUACUUUCCCAAUUGAACAACAGUCGAUGAUCGCGUUUCUCGUAACUGCACUGCUGACGGGCUGGUCUACGAUGUAUCUUGCAGCCGCUGUAUUCGUGACGCAACGCCUCGCCACACUCCUCGACAUUCACUCACGACAAACCCUUACCGCGACAAACGAUAACAUUGCCUCUUGGGGCGGUCUCGGCUCCUCUCUCCUCAACAUCUAUCGUCAACGGACAGCUCCUGCGGCCAUCUGGUCUUCGUUUUCAAUCGUGUUAUACCUGGGCGGGGUAUCAAUUCUACAAAUCAGUGCUCCAGCACUGGUCUCCGUCGCAGGCUUCAAUGGCACACAAUUUUCUGGCGUUGUAUCGACUUUGGGGCUGCCGAGCUAUCCCACUUCCUUGCGGGAGGAUCCUGGUAUGAGUGCAUAUAUCGGACUUUCCAUUAUGUUUUUUCCGUGGCUGUCGAAUAUAGACCAGUCCCAUCGGAUGGGCCUCUUUAACGGGUCGCUCUACGAGACUGUCAAUCAUGCCGUCAAUCCCGACUUACCUCUAGGAAUCACAGAUGUUUCAGCAACUGGAUUCCUUUUCAAUUGCGGAUAUCUCCCGGGCUCGGCGAACUUUAGAUCGGGGGCCUGGGACUUUAAUCUAGGCAGUGAAGGUGGAAUACGCACCAAAACGCGACUGUCUGCUACAGGUCCAAAUAUAACCAUAUUGGGACCAGUUAUCGACGACACACCGACCAACGCAAUAAUACUUGUCACCACCAAUCAAAUAGUCGAUUCAAGCGGAAGGCUGCCCGACGGAGGCGUGGUUCACCUUGACGAGCCCAUGGGCAUUGGCGAUUUCAAAAUCGACAUGCUGCAGUUUAUCCUUUGUACUCGCGAGCUAGUUAGCCAGCGUGUUACCAUUUCACUUCAAGACAAUCAGAUUCAUCCGGAAUCCCUUCGCCCCCGCCUCUACAAGACGCACUCUAAAUGGCUUCCUUAUACCGAUGUCUGGUCACCGGAGCGACCUAUCCGCAAUGACACAAUGAGUGUAGUUGAAAAUGACGAGCUGUGGGUUGAUCUGCUGUACGCGUUGCCGGACUCUUCGGUAGCCCCCGGUGUUAUUCAAACUUCGACUGGACUAUCAACUGCCUCCCUAUUCCUCAUGGAGCGCCUCAAGCUCGAGCCAACCUGGCAUUAUUCGGGAAAGAAUACAUCUAGCAAUGUGGUCAACAGCAUACAGACCGUAUAUCUUCACAACAUAGAGAACGCGCUCUCUGAGCUGGCGGCAACAACUUUCUGGACGAUUGGACACGUCACUCCUAACUCUUUUCAGUCAUCGUUGAUGCACUUGGGAGCUGCCAGUGAUGGCCAUACUGACAUCAUUUCACCCACUUUGCGUGCUGGCACGGCUUCGAUACAGGCACACGUGUUGCAAGCCAGAUUAGAGCUUAAUAUCAUCGCGAUAUCAAUUGGUCUAGCUGCCUCUAUUUUGAUUUGCGGGUUAGCACUGCGGUAUGCACUGCAAACCAACGAGGAGUCUGUUUUACAGCGCGAAAUCAAUACUCCAGGUGUACUGCAGACGCUAUGGCUUUCACAACGGCACAGCGAGCUGCAAAAAAAGCUGGUCCAAAUUCACAAGCCCAGUAACGAAAGGCUUCGCCGCGCUGGGAUGGUCCACUUGAAACUCGCUCAAGACAGAGAAGCCGAGGCUUCGCGAGACUUUACAAAGCAGCCUGGAUCUGCUUCUGAUACGCAUAAGCCGCGGUACUCACGCAGAGAUCAGCUCAUCUGCCUUGGACUCCAUGUUGCGAUGAUUCUCGUUCAUGCGAUUCUCCUCGUCGUCCUUCUCAACCAUACCGAACAUCGGUGUACUUUCCCAUUAUCAAAGCAGCAGUCAAUGUCCUUGUGGGUCACAAUCCUCUCAACAAGCAUUGGUACUCUCUAUCUUGCAUUGGUACUUUUCCUGACUCAGCGGGCUGCGCUGAAGCGACUGCUCGACAUCCAACAGACACUUUCCGCCACACAUGACCAGGUAUCUUCCUGGAGUGGCCUCGGCGCGGCGCUUGCGGCCAUCCUUAAUCAAUUUACUGUCCCCACCGCAAUCAACGGAACACUCGCAGUCCUCAUCUAUCUCGGGGUCCUCUCACUGCUACAUGUGACGAUUCCCUCCAUGUUUUCCGUACAAGCUUUCAACCUCACAACUACCAUUCCUGUGACGACACUAGGCAAGCCGUUAUGGCCCUCACAAGAUGAUGAGAAAAGUCGAAGCACGCAAUUCUUGAAGGACAUUAGCGAGUUUAUGGUAUGGCGGGACGCCCUUAACGACUCGAUGACUCGAAGUGGAUUAAGGGAAAACACGCUCUAUGAUGUUCUCAGCGAGGGAACCUCCACCGCAACAAGUCGUUCUCGCUUUGUUGACGUAGCUGCGAUUGGGUUUGACGUUACUUGUGGCUUCCCGACAAACGUUUCGCUGACGCGUGCUACUCUACCCACCUUGCCCAACAUCAAAUGGAAUAUUUCUGUGGACAUUGAAAAUGGCCAGAAGAUCUCAUUUUCCCCACCUCCAUCAGGUCCAAACAUCUUGACAUCCUUCGCAAUGGUCGACCAACGCGACGUAGAGUCGGAUCUUGGAUGGCCGUCCCUGAUUCUCUAUACCACCGCCAACGUCGUCGACUCCACGGGAGCUGUAGGAAAUCCUGUAAAGUUCUCGCCUGAAUCGCUCGAUCUCAACGGUACCGUCUCAUCCAUCCAGUUCAUUCAAUGCUCGCGUUCAAUUGUCAAGCAAAACGCGACCGUGGACGCGAUAACAACGUUGCUGAAGCCCGACAGUCUGACUCCGAAUAUCCGCAAGACAAGCUCGACAUGGGCUGCGUAUUCCGAUCCAGCAGCUGGUAUUGCGGUCGCGGAGCGGGUUGCUGAUCCGCGGGGGCCGAUGGAGAGUGGGCUGUGGAUGAUUGACAGCUUUCACUCUAGUUUUGUUCCGUUGUCACUGCCCUCGAACGAAAUCGACAUGCUGUCAAUCAUGGACUUGUUUGUCAUGGACAAGCUCAAGCUUGACCCGUCAUGGCUGAAGAACAGUACCGCCCCUCCAUCUCCCAUGCAAACGGUGUAUCUCCACGACGUUGAAAACGCGCUGGCAGAUUUUGCUGCUUCUUUCUUCUGGGCUGCCGGCCACGUUGUACUGUCGCCGUUGCAGUUGCGAUAUCAGUUUAGUGAACAUGAGAACUCAACGUUCAAGAACAGCAGAACCCUGGACCUCCAACGAAAGACUGUGUUGGUCGAGAUGGACAGCCUGACUGCGCGGCUUGAGCUCAAUCUCGUUGCGGUCUUUGCUGGCCUUGUGGCCUCAACUGUCUCGCUGGUCGUUGCGUUCCAACUCGUUUGGCAUGAUUCACAGUCGGACAGCUCGCGCGGGGGGUGUAUCACGACGCUCAACGUUCUGCAAAUUAUCUGGCUGUCCCGUAACAAUCCGCAACUUUCAGCGUUGGCGCUAGACCGCGUGGUGACGCCAACCGAGGAUAACUUGCGCGCCGCGGGAAUGGUGACUGUGCGGCUGUUGGAUGAUUAA